AUGCCAAAAAUUAUGAAUUGUGAUGAUCCAGUCAGACGGUACUUCAAAUAUCACUCUGAAGGUGAAAAUGCGAAUAAAUCUACAUGCAAAAUUCAAAAUUGCAAUAAAAUAUUAGCAGGUAAUCAUUUGGGUAAUUUGAAGCGUCACUUAAAGGUCUUUCAUACGUUAGAAUAUCAGCAAAUAUUAUUGGAGGAAGAUGAAAUUAGUACAGAUACUACAAAUACCGUUACUAUGUCAUCGAUUUCUUCAAAUUCACCUGAUUUAUUUCCACCAACACAAAAGAGAGUGCACAGUGCAGAGAAAACAACGAACGUGUCAAUAAAACGCCGGGCAGUGAUUGACGGCUGUAUUGAAAUGGUCACAAUUAAUGGUAGACCCUUAAAGAUUAUGGAGGACUCUGGUUUUAGAAAAAUAGUAGAUCCCAUUUUUCGUUCGUUUGGAUUUACUAUGAACGGUGACGUUGUGCGCAAUCAUAUUUGUAUUCGGGCAAGUUUAGUCCGUCAAGCUAUUACUGAACAAAUGAAAAAAAAAUUUUUUUGUAUAAAAAUGGACACUGCAACUAGACUCGGCCGUACUAUACUUGGCAUAAAUGUUCAGUUUAUUCAUGAAGGAAAAAUUAUUAUUAGGAACCUGGCUACGACAGAAGUUUAUCAAACUACAUCUACCAACUUAAAAUGUGUGCUUUUAAAAACAUUAGAAAAGUAUAGCUUAGAUCCUUCAUUUAUUUAUUCUAUUACAACAGAUAAUGGAGCGAAUAUGUUGAAAACUGUUUCAUUACUUCGCGAAAUGAAUAGAGACUACGACAUUAAUGAAGAAAUGUCUGAAAAUGAAUACAACGUUGAAGAUAACCAAGUUCAAAUCGACGAGGAGAACAGUAAUAAUUUUUCUGAAUGUUCUGAUGAAGAUAAUCAUAUAAUAAAUGAACAUGAAAAUAAUCAAGAUACAUUUCCUUCAAUCAUCAACGAUUUGGGUGCAGCAGUCAAUACAUCGGAGGUGUUUAGUAGACAUCAAACGAGAUUACACGUAGACAAUGAUUUUUGGACAUCUACAAAUGACCUAAAAAUUGCUCUUGGACCAGCUAAAAUAACUAGUUGUGUAUUACAGGCUGAGCAAUUAUACCCAGGAGAUUGUUUACUUCAUUGGAAAAAAUGCAUUAUUCACACGAGAAAAAUAAAUUCAUUUAUUUCAAAUAGUAUCGUUGAAGCUAUGCAAAGACGAGAAACUACUUUAUUUAACUGUGAUAGUUUCAAGUUGGCUAUUUUUUUGGAUGGUCGUGUCAAUGUUUUAUUAGAUGAAAAUACACUAAGAGAAGCUAAAAAUCAUUUGAUACUCUUGUCUUCAGAAUUACACAACAUUGAUCCUGUUAUUAGAGAAGGGCCAACUAUUUCAAAUAAUAAUAUUGAAUGCAAUGAAGUAGAUGACUUAGAGCUUGAACUUCGUACGGCGGCAGCUGAACGGAUUAGUGGUUUGAUUAGUAGUCAAGACCAAGUUGUGUUGGACAUCCAAAGGGAAAUUGUAAAUUUUAUGCAACUUCCUAGGGAAGAUAAAAGCAAAAACAUUAUGGAUAUUUGGACAAGACUUAAAAAAAUGUAUCCAUUGAUGUAUGAAUGCGCUUUGGUUGCUUUAGCAUUACCAACUACUCAGGUCACAGUGGAACGUCUUUUUUCCAGUUUGAAAUUCAUAUUGAAUGAUCAACGAAAUAGGAUGAACGCCAGUUUACUGGAAGACAUAAUGGUUGUACGAUCAAACUAUUUAUUUGAUAAAAGUUAA